UCUUUAACUAGAGAUGAGGCCUCUUUUUCUCUCUCUAAUAAAGCUCUAGGAACAGUAAUAGAGAAUAGGGACGAUCUGUGGAGUCGAGUCUAGAGCGAGACAAAAGAAAAAGACUUUGGCAAUUGAUUGGGCCAAAGAAAAGUUAUUAAAAAUAGAAAGAAACCAAAACCAAAAGCAGAACCAGAAACUAAAGCAGAACAAGUAGAAACAGAAGCAGUUGGUUUUCAGUUGGGGGCUUAGCUUUGAGAAGGCAGGCAACGAACAAAGCAAGAAGAAAGAAAAAAAAAAAAAAACUCAGAGGAAGGAGAAGAAGAAGAAGGUCUUAAGAAAAGCAAGGGGCAGUUCGGGCAUUUCAGUUUGGGCUUCAUCCAUCUCAAAAACUUCCAUGGUCCCCUCUGGCAACAACAUCCCCACCGGAAUCCACCACUUUGGCGGCGGCGGAGGCGGCGGAUUCUGGUCGGCUGUGGCGACGCCGCCUUCCAAAACUGCCGUCGCCGUCACCGCCCUUGCCGGCCUCGUCCUCUGCGCUGCCAUUUUCUACAACAGCAGUAGGUAAAAAAAUCCAAAAAAACUGAUCGAUCAAUGCUAAGCGAUAAAAAAAUCUCCGAAAACCCUAGUAACGAUAGGUAGUGAGUGUAGUUGAUAAAAUUCAAAUUCUAAUAGAUGAGAGCUCUUAGACGAAGUCAGACUUCGUCUUCAUCUCCCAACUCACCCUCAUCAUCGUCGUCUUCGUCGUCUUCGUCAUCGUCGUGGAUUCAUUUGCGUUCGGUUCUUUUCGUUGUUACUUCUUCUUCACCAGCUUCUUGUUCUUCCUCUGAUCGUGGUAGACUCAAAUCUCCCUGGUCUCGCCGGAGAAAGAAACACGCCCUUUCACCUCAGCAGUGGAAAAGUUUGUUUACAUCUGAUGGUAGACUACGGGAUGGUGGAGUCAAGUUCUUGAAGAAAGUUCGCAGUCGAGGUGUUGAUCCAAGUAUUAGGGCUGAGGUUUGGCCCUUCCUCCUUGGAGUCUAUGACUUAAACAGGGCCAAAGAAGAAAGAGAUGCUGUUAAAACUCAGAAAAGGAAGGAAUAUGAAAAACUCCGCAGAGAGUGCCGCCGGCUCCUAAAACACAGCAGUGUGAGUUUUAAGUUGACUGAAAUUGGUGGAACUUGUCAAAAUGGAGAUGGUGGUAGUCUUAUUCAGGAGACAGACACAUCUGGCUCUGAAGACGUGGUUAGUGCAAGAGAAUCUCUCUCUAGUGAGGAAAGGAGCCCAGAUGCUGAGUACUCAGAUGAACCAUCCAGUACAUUGUUGGAAGGAGAUGAUGGUUCAAGAAGAAUAACAAAUGCUGAUGUGUCAGCACUGAACAGUGAGUCAUCGGACUCUGACUCUUCAGAAGACCCUGAAGUGAUUCAGGAUUCCCCCUCUUCAGAAGGCAGGGAGGAAAAUGAUCCUGAUGUGUCUUCAAAAAGGAAUGUUUCUCCCUCAAGCACUGAAGGCCUGUCAAAACUACAUGCAACUGAAGAUUUUUCCACCUGGCAGCGGAUCAUUCGCCUAGAUGCAGUGCGAGCAAAUGCUGAAUGGAUGCCACACUCUGCUUCUCAGUCUGCAGUAUCGGAGGGGAGGGCACAUCGUUCAGCUGAGGCUGUUGGGUUAAAGGAUUAUGAUCACCUGGACCCCUGCAGAAUUUUCCAUGCUGCACGUUUGGUUGCUAUCCUUGAAGCUUAUGCACUUUAUGACCCCGAAAUUGGCUACUGCCAGGGCAUGAGUGAUCUCCUUUCUCCAAUAAUUUCAGUCAUCCCAGAGGAUUAUGAGGCUUUCUGGUGUUUUGUAGGUUUCAUGAAGAAAGCUCGACAUAAUUUUAGGCUUGAUGAGGUCGGGAUAAGAAGGCAACUUAAUAUUGUUUCCAAGAUAAUCAAAUGUAAAGACUCUCAUCUCUACAGGCAUUUGGAGAAGCUUCAGGCUGAGGAUUGCUUUUUUGUUUAUAGGAUGGUGGUGGUACUGUUUAGGAGGGAAUUGACAUUUGAACAGACAAUUUGCCUUUGGGAGGUAAUGUGGGCAGAUCAAGCAGCCAUUAGAGCUGGGAUUGGGAAGUCUGCCUGGAGCAGGAUAAGACAGAGGGCGCCCCCAACAGAUGAUUUAUUGCUUUAUGCAAUUGCAGCUUCAGUGUUGCAGAGAAGGAAAUUGAUCAUAGAGAAGUACAGCAGCAUGGAUGAAAUUUUAAGGGAGUGCAAUAGCAUGUCUGGGCAACUUGAUAUAUGGAAACUCCUAGAUGAUGCGCAUGAUUUGGUGGUAACUCUUCAUGACAAGAUAGAGUCAUCCUUUUGAUCAUUGCCACUUUGUCCACUAAUUUUAUGUGCUUCAGUUCUUUCUUGAACCUGGGUUCUAUGGGUAUUUCAAGUCUCCUUUUUAAUGCACUGCUUGAAAUGCUGUCUGUGAUGAGUUAUAUUUGCUUAUUUUGUCACUGCUCACUCUCAAAGGCUAAGUAGGCAGUGGCAGUAGUUGAAAAAUGAGUAGAUAAAUCUGCAUUCCAUUGCUCCAUUUUAGCAUACGAGAUAGGAAGAUAUCCAUGAUCACUUCUGUGUCAAGGCAGGUAGGCAGAGCCCGUAAUUCCAACCACUGUACCAUAUUGCAAGGGAAAUAUUAAGACCUUGAUCAUGUGAUUCCAUCGAAUUUCCCUUU